CUCUGUUACGACAAUGUCAGACCGUGCAACUACAGUGGUCAAAGCGCUCGCAGUAGGCAGCGCAUCCUACCUCGCAGGGUACAUCACCGCCUUCUCCCUGUCCAUCCCCGCCGUCGCCCUCUCCCCCGCCACCCUCGCAGCCCAACAAUGGCGCAACCUCUUCCACACAGGGAUGCACACCGCUCCCCCCAUCGCGGCCUUCGCCGCUGCAGGAUUCGCAUUCCUCUCCUUCUCCGAGGGGCACACCACCCUCCGCGGGCGGGUAUACGCAGCUGCGGGCGCACUCACGCUCUCUAUCGUGCCGUACACGCUGGGCCUGAUGAGGCAGACGAACGGCAGGCUGCUGGAGUGCGCAGAGCGGAAAGAGCUGACGGAGGACGAAGUUGCACGCGAGGAGGGCAGGGCGUGUAGGGAAGAGAGGGAGGAGAGUGAGGUGCACAGUUUGUUGGAGAAAUGGAGGAAGCUGAAUUUUGGUCGGGCCCUCGCUCCGACCCUUGGGGCGGCACUGGGCUGGUGGGCGGUCUUGGGUUGGUAGUGAGAGAAAAAGGACGCUUAGGCAUAAAGAAUUGGCUUGUAUUGUAUUCCAUUGGGGGAUUAUACAUUGAGAUUGAGUAAGUGCACGUCUCGCCCCGAUGGGGGCUUGAAUAUGCCAACAUCCGUUGCCCACGAUCACGAUCACGUAUAUACCGUCUUAGGCGCAUCCGGAUCCUGAGGCAUAGUCCAUUCCGGCAGAGGUGUACUCCUAAGCUCCCACACAUCCUCACUACUCCUCCCCAUCCUCCUCCUCGCCCACCAUUCCCCCCUCCGCCUUAUCCACCGUUCCCUGCGUUCUUCAGCGCUGAACGCUUUCAGCGACAGGCAGAACAUGAAUUCCUCCAUCUUGCCCGCGCUCGUUCCGCUGAGGUUGCCGUACCUGUACAAAGACCGGAUCUGGCUUCCUGGUAAGAAGGAACGUAAGUAGUCGUCGAUUAGCGUCGAGCAGGGAGGGAUGUCCUUUGGCUCUGGAUGGACUUUGCGCAGGAUGGCCUCUUCCUGCUGUACGAUUUCCUCGAAUGUGUGCAUAGUCUUCGCAGCGCUGUGUGGUCCAGUCCGAGAGGGGGUAUUAGAGGAAGAGCAGGAAGAGAAGGUAGGAGGAGAGAGCAAU